AGCUGGAAAGAAACUGUUGCACACAGGAGCGCAAAGGGAAAGGAAGAAACAGGAUGAGCAAAGCUAGCAGGUCUUCCCAAGGCAUUCUAGCAGGUCCUCCCAAGGCUUAUGCAGAUCCCAAGUUGCUUUCAUGGCCCCUGAGUUGCUUGUUGGCCUUGCAGCAUCUUCUGGUCCUGGUGUCUUUUCUCUGCAUCUUCUACUUUCUCUUUAUCAACACCCUCCCACAUGAGAAAAUGAAUGGUAUUCCACACUGGGAUGAGCUGCUAGCACGCAACCUCUUUGCCUGUGGUAUUGCCAUAGCUUUGCAGUGUGGAAUGGGUUCUAGAUUGCCACUCAUUCAGGCUCCAUCUUUCGAGUUCCUUAUCCCUGCCAUGGUACUGAUCCAACAUGUGACUCCCAUCCUCCAAACAAAAGGAAACAGCACUGAAGCUGCUGAUAUAUGCUCUGGGCCACAUUGUGAAAACACAAAAAACUGGCACUGGUUAUUCUGUGAGAUCUCUGGUGCUGUGCUGAUUUCAGCUCUGGUGCAGGUGGUGCUGGGGCUGUCAGGUGCCUGUGGAUGGAUUGUUCAUCGCUGUGGACCUAUGGUUGUGGCACCAAGCCUUUCUAUCAUUGGACUUUCAGCAUACAGGCCUGCUGCUCUUCUCUGCUCAGAGAACUGGGUUAUCGCCCUGCUACUUGUGUUGCUGAGUGUUUUACUAUCCCAGCACCUGGCUUCCUUCCGAUUGCCCCUCUGCCGGUGGACCAAGGCAAGCGGCUUCUCUGUAAAACUGAGUGGCCUAUCCCUGCACAUGUUUUCGGUCUUGCUGCCAUUCUCUGGGAUCUGGCUUGUCUGUGGGAUUCUGAGGCCUGUUCCAACACCUUGGGAGAUGUUGCACCUUUCCUCACACUAUCUGAUCUUUGCCAAUAGCACCUCGCAGUCCCCAUGGCUCAAAGUCCCUUAUCCAGGGGAGCAGGGCUGGCCAAUACUUAGCACCCGUGCAGUGGGGAUUGGUGUUGCCAUGGGUAUUGCUGCAAGUGUGAACUCUCUCGGCUGCUACUUGCUAUGCAGCAAAGCCCUAAGGCUUCCAGCCCCAGCACAACAUGCAUGCAACAGAGGGCUCUGUGCAGAAGGGCUUGCUAGUCUCCUGUCAGCUGUGCUUGGGAGUGUUUCUGGAACUGGAUCAAGCAUGUCUAAUACUUGUGCUGCCCGUUUGACCAAGACUACAUCAUCUCGCUCAGUGUGGCUUGCUGCAUUGGCAUGUGUGCUGUUGGGCCUGUCUCCCAGGCUCAUGGGACUGCUAACCACCAUCCCUUUGGGAAUUCAUGGAGGAGUGCUCUCUGUGACAUACAGUGUGGCUGUCGGCACCGGUGUCUCCUAUUUCCAACACACAGACAUUGACUCAGGCAGGAAUAUCUUCAUUGUGGGCUUCACCAUGUUUAUGGGACUGCUGGUUCCACGGUGGCUCUUUGCUGCGCCAGGAGCACUGGUCACAGGUUGUAUCCCUGUGGAUCUCUUUUUCCUUUCUUUGCUGAUGCAUCCUGCCUUUAUAACUGGGUUCCUUUCUUUCUUCUUAGAGAACACAGUCUCAGGCACCCUGCAGGAACGUGGAAUGCUCAACCGCUUGUCCUCAUGCAAACCAGAGGCUGGAGAGAAUUUCCUGCCUCACAGCCAAAGGGGUUCUGCACAGAGAUAUGAGCCAGCUCUAGUUUUGCGAAGACAUAUGUCACAUUCAUGGUACAAGGCCUUUCCUUUAUGUUUUCUCUGUCCUCUGGAGAAGGACAGGGAGGAGGUUGUGAACAGUUACCCACUGGAAGAACUGCACCUUUCUGAAGGGGAAGCCACAGUUCUUCUGCUGAGACAGGAAAGAGUGAAGCCUGAGUCAGAACUGCAGCUGGGAUCAGAGCAAGAGCAUAACAUGAUACAAGAGAAUUUGGAAAACCAUAGAUGUGGCAUAAUGAGACGACCCACCUCUGCUGAUCUGGAAGAGUGUCUUUGCUCUGAUAGAAACAUUAUGUGAGGAAUGGUACUUGGAAAUCUGUCAAAGGAAUCUGGCUUUAGACAAUUAUUGAGAAAAAUCUGCAGCCUGAACCAUAGGCCAGGAAACAGUCUUAUUAACACUCCUUUCUGUUUUUAUAUCAGAGUCAUGACAUACCUAUGUGUCUAAAAAAGGUCAAUCAGCAUCACCUCUGCGAUUUCUUUUCUUUGCCUCUUCUGACAACUUGCAUUCAGACUUUCCCUUUAAUUUCUCUGCCUGAGGGAAUGGAGCUAUCCCACAGUGCUGAGCAGCAGGAAGGCUCAGUUUGGAAGGCAAAUAGCUCAUCUGUACUGGAAUGCACUAGGGUUUUUAGGGUAGGGAUGAAUUUAGUCUGUGUUUCUAUACUUCUUCUGUUUCAUCUUUAAAUGUCACAAACCUCAAUACAGUACAUUUCCAAAGGAAGAAUUUCCUAACAGAUCUCACAGCCUGGGAUCUAUAGUUUGCUUAUCUUUACUGUUUGCUUGCUUGUUUGUUUACCAACAAGAGAGAACCUCUGUCAGCUCUGUUUAAGACUUAACUUUAGAUAAUCACAACUAGAGCUUGGAAAUACUAUUUUUUCAUACAUCAGCGUGGCCUGUGGCAUGGAAGGCCCCUUUACCUGUCUUGCAUUCCUUUUAAAAGGAGAGAUCACAACAUAUUUUGUUUUGGAAAAGUUGGGGGUAGGCAUCUUCUGGCUUCCACAUGUUGUUGGGCUGCAGCUCUUAUCAGUUCCACCCAGUGUAGCCAGUGUGAAAAAUGCUGGGAGUUGCAAUCCAACACCACACACAAGUUGUCCACCCUACAAACAAUUUAUUUAAUGAACCCUGGCAUUAUGGGAAGAGACAAUACUUUCUGCAUAUCCACUUUCUCUAUACCAGAGAAACUUUAUGAGACCUUGAACAUCUGCCUGCAAAUCUUGUUGUGUAUCACCAAACUCCCUUGGCCUGUGUGUGAGAAAGGCAAAAUAGGCUAUUGGCCUUGGUGGAAGUAGUUUUGGCAGUAAUGCAAAGGGCUUGGGUAACUUUUCCUCUUCUACCUCCCCGGCUAGUUGUAUGAAUAAUAUUAAUCAGUAAACAAUUCAAUACAUAUAGGAUGGAAUAAGCAUGUACUCACAAAUUUGCUCAUAAAUUCCCAGUCUGCUGGCCUACUUCCAUCUCCAUAUUUUGAGCCUUUUCCUAAGGUCACCCUGCAGGCAUAACCACCCUAUACUACAAUACAAAGAAAGAAGAAAUAUACAAAAUGUCUCUGCGGAACUGCCAGGUGAAAACUGCUAGAUCUGCAGCCUCUUUUAGAAAGGCAGUAACAUUUUAAGCAUUGUUUCUAUGCUGAAUCGGAUUUUGCUGCAUUCAGUUUUUAAUUGUUUUAAAGUUUGUUUUUAUUCUGUCAGGAUGUUGCAUGAUAGGAUGGUCUAUGAAAACCAAAAAUAAAGACAUGAAGGGAAAUUA